AUGGGUGGCCCAACCGGAGUACCACAAAGACCACAAACAACAACAAAAGAUAUCUUAAUCGAUUUUCUUGCUGGUGGAACAGCUGUAUGUAUUAUUGGAGCUAUUUCAAAAACAGCUGUUGCACCACUUGAACGUGUUAAACUUCUUCUUCAAACGCAAGAUGUAAAUCAAAAAAUUACACAAGGAAAAAAGUAUAAAGGAUUUGGUGAUUGUUUCAUUCGAUGUAUUCGAGAAGAAGGCGCUAUAUCAUUAUGGCGUGGAAAUUGGGCAAAUGUUUUGCGUUAUUUUCCAACACAAGCAUUAAAUUUUGCUUUUAAAGAACGUUAUCAACGAAUGUUUGCUAAUUAUAAUCCAGUUUUGAAUCCAUAUAAAUUCUUUGCUGGUAAUUUAUUUGCUGGUGGUAUGGCUGGUGCAACUGGUCUAUUAUUUGUUUAUCCACUUGAUUUUGCUCGUACACGUCUUGGUGUUGAUAUUGGAAAAUCCAUUAGUGAACGACAAUUUAAAGGCAUGAAUGAUUGUAUUGCAAAAAUUUAUAAAGCUGAUGGAAUUCAAGGUCUCUAUCGAGGUUUUGCUAUUAGUGUUGCUGGUAUUUUUGUGUAUCGAGCAUUCUAUUUUGGUGGUUAUGAUGCAGGAAAAAGAUUUAUGUUUGGAGAUAAUCCAAAUCCAAGUAUACUCUAUCGUUUUCUUUUUGCACAAUUUAUUACGUCAUCAUCGGAAUUGCUUGCUUAUCCACUUGAUACGAUUCGACGUCGUUUGAUGAUGCAAAGUGGCCGUGGAGAUAUUAUUUAUAGAGGAACACUUGAUUGUGCUCGAAAGAUUGCUGCUACUGAAGGUUUAUUGGCCUUUUUUAAGGGCAAUUUAUCAAAUAUUUAUCGUAGCGUUGGUUCAUCGCUUGUACUCGUUCUCUAUGAUGAAUUCAAACGUUGGCUAUUUCUAGCUGGACAAGCAUCCUAUGCUAAAUGA